CAUCAUGAUCAGUUUCAUUUUAUAGUUGUAUUUUGUAGAGUUUGGACAUAGCCAGUAUUCGAAAUGACGGACAGCGGGGAUCCUAGCGAUGGGUCUACCGCUGCUAGUAGCGAUGAAGUGGAUUACGGCGGUAUCAGUGGCCUCCGGGAAUUCUUCGGCGAGACUACCAUGCACGGUGUUCAAUACACAUUUCGUGGUGGUCUCUUGCUGAGGUUCGUGUGGUUGUUGGGCGUGCUAGGGUGCCUGUGUGGGUUUUUCUACUUCUUCAUAACGGCAGCGAUCAACUACGCUGGUUUCCCAUCCAACACUAAGGUUGAUAUCAUUACAGCUGAUUCCCUGCCCACUCCCGCUAUCACCAUCUGUAACUCCAACGUGGCACUAGCGUCGGGUGUGGCGAAAUCCCUGCGCAAUCUAGCUUUCCUGUGCCGAACAUACAAUCUGACGGUGAUUGAUGAUGCUCGAGGUUGUCCGUUCACUGCGCAGCAGAGAGACACUCUUACCGAAAGUGAUACAAGAUUACCGGCAGAGAUUAUACAGGAGAUCGGUCAGAGCAAAGAAAACAUGGUGCUGGAUGAGCUGGCGAGGAGCCUGUCAACCAAUGGUACUGUUUAUACAUACGAGAACAGCAGCUCUUUCAUUACAUUCAUCACAGCGCUUGGACUAUGUCACACGUAUAAUGCUGACGGAAGAUUCCCAUAUCAGACCACCAUUGGUGUCAACGGUGGAAGAAGGUUCAUCAUCAACGUCAACCAGAACGAGUAUGCUGGAAUAACGUUACUCUCGGCUGGAGUUGAGGUAUAUAUUCACAACCCUGGAGAGCUAGUGCGAAGAGGACAGCACGCUAUCUAUGUCGGUCCAGGACAACGAGCGAAUAUUGCUGUGAAGCCGGCGCGUCGUCACAUCCUUGGCUCUCCCUACCGUACUCCACCGUGUACCAACGAGAAUUUGAAUCGUGACAAGUCCUUGCCGUAUUCUCCUGCUCGCUGUGAGCUGGAUUGUCAGAAUCAGUACAUUGCUGAAGAGUGUGAAUGUCUGCCGCUCACCGUGUCCGCUGGCGUGACGUUGACAUUACCAUCGGGACGAAGAGUGUCUCGCUACUGCAGCGUGCAGGAAUACUUCUCCUGCUCUUCGCUGUUGGAUUAUGCAUUUCAUAAUAACGUGUCGGUGUACAGUGAGUGCAGGAGUAGGUGUCUGUUACCAUGCGAGGCACCGCCUAACACCUAUAUCUAUGGCUCCGCAUUGUCGUGGGAUCUGUUCCCGAACUUCAUUGCGUCAGAGCUCAUCAUUGAAGUGCUCACAGAUUUCGGACUCUAUGACAACCCGCGCAAUAUAACUACCAACCUGCAACUGGUACGUGAGAACUUUGCACAAAUUAACGUGUUUUACGAGAGCCUGUCGUAUGAAAGGAUCGAUGAGCAAGUAUCGGUCACUCUCUCGACUUUGUUUGGCAGUGUCGGCGGUAAUCUUGGUCUGUUUAUAGGUGCCAGUAUGCUUACAUUGCUAGAGUUUGGGCAGUACAUCACGCGCUUCUUCAUUGCCAGGUUCCGGCGCUUACGCAGACAAGAGAAGGAUAUCUGGCAGAAGGACGAUGCGAGUAAUGAUACUGCACUGGAUGAUGUUGUUGCUUCGUCGUAAGCUCAAACCGUCUCUCCAUUGGUUUCUACGCGGUGCCUCAAUCUCUCCACCUCUCAUCCAUGUAAAGUUUCUACUUCAACUCUCUGUAGGUGACCAGUUGCUUUUCUACCUGUGCCAACGGAAGGUGUAUGGUUGCCGGGUUUUGCUAGAGUUGUAAAUGUGGCAUCUACAUGUGUGGUGUGUUCCAGUCAUCCGUUCUUGCUCUCGUUGUACCAGUAUUGUUAUUUGUUGUACCAGUAUUGUUAUUUGCUCUUCGUCUCGUGUUGUUUGUGAGCUUUUAUUUUACGUAUAGUAGUUGCAUGUGCACUUGAGUAGAGAUAUUCUUAGCUGUAGUCAUCCAGUAGUCACGGACCUAUGUAUAUCACAUCAUUACAGUGACUUGUUUCUAACGUUAUGGGUACCAUGGUUAGCAUGGAUCGAGUACCAUCAGACUAUGGCCGUGACUCCCUGACUGGGCCAAGCUACGGCUGAACAUUUUUCUAGCACAGGCUAAUUGCCUAUUUGACAUCAGUCGCAUUCCCGAAAUAUAAUCGCAUUCUGUACUCAGCUGUAUUUAGUUUAUUUACAUCGAUAUCAAACGAGCAAGGCUGACCCGGCAGUAUUAUGAGUCGAUGGCUUCCGCCGGAGCAAGCCGGAGCAGUGAGUAACCUUACUCAUUCAGAUCCUACCACUCCUAUCAUUGCAAAGACAAUAAUUAUCAUUAUCACUAUCGUGAUUGUUAUUCUAUUGGUGAAGAAGAAAUUGUACUUUUUUACUAUCUUA